GUGGAUCAACUCGUGGAGCCAGCGUUUCUUGCCGGGCACCUGAUCUAUGCGACCUUGUUCUCGGUGGAGAUGUCAAUCCGCUUCAUCGCAACCGGUCCGAAGACGUACUUCUUUGGGCACUCAUGCGCUUGGAAUUGGCUGGAUAUAUUUGUCGUAGUUCCGGCCUGGGUGGAAAUCUGCAUGGACAUCGCAUCUGCCAAUGCUACGGAGCCGGGGACGGGAGCCAGCAACUUCCGCAUCAUCCGGGUGUUCAAGCUCACCAGGCUGCUUCAGGUGCUGCGAUCCGUGCGAAUCGUUCGCUUCGUCAGCGCUUUUCGCGCGCUGGUCUACUCGGUGAUCGACACGACGCGGCAACUGCUGUGGGCCAUGGUCCUGCUGAUCCUAAUUAUCUACAGCUUUGGCAUCCUCUUUACCGAUGCCGUUCUCUAUCACCUGUUCUGGUUCGACGAGCUAGACGAUGCGGACUUGAAGCUGUAUUUUGGGAGCGUCUUUCAUUCCUGCACAACACUCUUCCGUGCAUUGAUGAAUGGCUUUGACUGGAGCGUAGCCGCUGACGCUCUGCUGCCUUUGGGCGAAUUCUGGGUACAGCUCUUUCACCUGUACAUUGCUUUCUGUGGGCUGGCCGUUCUCAAUGUCAUCACAGGAGUUUUUGUGAAUAGUGCCAUCAAGACACGGGAAAAAGACCACGAGACACUCAUGCAAAAUAUGUACAAACUGAAAGAUCUCGUCGGAGACUUGUGGAAGAAGUUGGACAAGGCAGGGGCGGGGAAAAUCACCAUCACCGAGUUCGAGCGCAUGUUUGAGGAGGAGGACAUGAGAGCCUUCUUCGGUGCAAUCGAGAUGAAUGCCAUGGAUGCAUGGACGCUCUUCGAUAGCUUGGACGCCGAUGGGGACCACCUGAUCAGCUUUGAGGAGUUUAAGGAGCGGUGCUUGCAGCUCCACGGGCCAGCGAGAUCCGUGGACCUCUUU